AUGGACUCUUCGGCAACAGAAACGCCUUUAUCCCCGGUACUCUCUCAAGACGGCCCAAUCGGAUCCUUGUACAGCCAGGCCGAAGAGAGACCACCACAGGAUGGACACUCGCUGCAAACUCCGAGAUCCGUCACAGGCCUGGUCGGUAUACACGAAAAUACCAGAGGCCAGCUAACGCCCAAGGGCACUCAACCGCAGAUCAAGCAGAAAGAGGCUGCGCCACGUUCGGUGGAAGGGAAGCCUGUGCCUUCCGACUUCGUACUGUCGGCUGAUGCCCCUCCAUAUACUCCGCAGCCUCUAGCAACGAGGCAGGCAUUGAAUGCAGCCAAUGGCUCACAUGUUCUCACUGAGCAGCCCCAACCGGGAUUCAUUGGCUCUUUCUCACCCAUUGAAUCACAUCUACAAGAGAAGUGUCUGCAUCCAGGGUUUGGCGCCCAUCUUGGACCGGUGCCAAUGACGCAUUCUGCUGAUUUUGGAGCUACCUGUCGUGCAGAGUCGGCAGCAGCUGCCGCAUCAGCUGGCAACAGGAAAACUACAACUAUUCUCAACUCACAGAAUGCUCCCUCAAAUGUACCCCUGAAAUUCUGCAAGUUUCUCAUAGGGGAAGAUGUUGCUGGAUUUCUGGUUGGAAGGAAGGGAGUCGGCAUUGAGGAGUUUCAGUCGCGAAAUGGCCCAGGACUGAAAGUAAGUGUAUCCAAGAGAGGGGAGCUUUUCCCCUGCUUGCUGGAGAGAACCGCAACCGCUGUUGGUGUUGGCGAUGGAAUGGCUCGUGCUCUUAUGGAAAUCUCACGCGUGGCACUUGACAGAGCAAUGCACAAAGAGGAGGAGCGGCGAAUCGACAACGGCAAGAAAAUAUGCAAGCCCAAGGGCUGCUUUAAGCUUGUUAUACCGGAGUAUGCCUUGACGCACCUGUUUACACCGAGUUCAGACGGAAACGUGCCGGUGCUCGAAGUUGCUAAGAAGAACGGGGUUGAGAUUCUCUCUUCCGCCCAAGGCGGCUAUCUACACAAUAAGAUACACCAUUUGAAGAUGAAGGAAACAGUACUGCAGAUAAUUGGGACGGCAGAUGCCGUGCCGGGAGCAGUCGUUGAUAUAUCAUCUCUCUACCAGGGAGACCCCUCCUUGCCCUCGUAUCUUCACCUCAAUUACUCGCAUGCACACCUUGCUGCAACGCCGCCACCUCCCCCUACCCCGCCUCCGUCACCAGCUCUAAGUAGCAGCUGCGGACUUCGACUUUCUCCCCACUUUGCGCACCCAGCCUCAGUGCUCCAACUGACUAGCGGGCAGCAGCCACUCGUGAAUUCCAGCGCUUGGAGCCCACGAACCCAGCCGGCGCCACUCCUGCAAGCACUACGGGCCUCUGCAAACUCGCAGGGAUCUAUGAUUUGCAUGCCGUCAACUGUGGGAAGCUCGGAAAAUGCCUCGCCGGCUCAAUUACCCCAUACUGAGCGCCUCUUGGCCUCGCAAGUACAGCGAUUACAGGGUGUUGGAUAUCCUGCUUCAGGUGCUGGUGGUGGAGUUAGGAGCGGCCAAGAAAAUGCGGCAGCAGAAAAAUUUGCAGGCCCCCUACCUUCCCUUGCAGACGAACGCCUCGUGAUGGAGCUGCAACAACACCUCGGAGCUGUUGUUGCAGCAGCCGCUGCAGCGGGAGGUGUACCUACACAGCAGCUCCUUACUUCUGCACCCCCGUCAUCUGCGCCUAAUAUGCAGCCAGGUUUCUUGCAACACCUGGAGGAACUGCAGCACUCCCUUAUAAAGCAGCUACUGCAGCUGCAACAGCAACAUUCAAACAAGCUUCCGUACAGACAGGCGGAAACUCACAACAGCUCUAACGCGUUAUCAGCACCGUCAGGUCCCCACGAUGUGCAACAGCUGCAGCACCAAGUCCACAUGAUGCAGCUCCAACAGCAAGCCGACUCCCACAAAGGCAACAUAGGCGGAACCGGCGCCUCCCUGCCAGGAGCCGCACAAAUAGACGAGCAGACGAAGCUGCUAAUUUUCUCGCAACAGUUGCAACAAGAGCUCCAGCAGCAACAAGCUCCGCAAUCGCACCUCCAACUACCCCACCGUCUUCAGCACACCGAAGCUUCAUCAAUAAAUCCCAGGAACGUUCCGCAUGCAAAUCCUUUGAAAAACGAGCUGCGAAAUCCAGUGGCAUGGUCAGAACAAGGACGUGAACGAUUUCAGCAGCUGCAGCAACUCCAGCAAGUUCAGGACAUGGCUGCAGGCGACCGCAUUCCAGGAAGUGCAUUAAAGAUGCAGUGCCUUGAGGCUGAACUGUUGCAGCCUCAUUCUCAAGAGCUCUCUGUCCAGCCGCUUUCGCCAAUGCCGCCACCCCAGUGGGCACCGAUCCCGCAACAACUGCCGCAACAACAGCAACAACUGCCACAGCAACAGCUGCCGCAACAACAACUGCCGCAACAACAGCUUCAUCAACAGUCUACACAUCAAACGGACUGGAGAAUAUCCCUUGGCUCUUCGCAUUGCAGUUCAUCUGGAGCCUCGACAGGAGCUCCAGCUCAGUUGCCUCGGCAGCAUUCGCACGCCACAAGUAUGUCAGAGGCUGCUGUACCUUUGACUGUGAAUGAUCUUCUUGAAAUGUCACGUGAGGCCCCUUCCGUAAUGCUGCACCCUGCAACAAUGGAUAGCGCCCUUCAACGCGUGGCUGAAAAUAUGGUCCUGCCAUCUAGUAGAGAAAAAUAUGACUCGCUCGCCGUUCGUACUCUCCUGGAGGAACUUCUCAAAGCGAUGAAUUCAUCGCCAACUGGAGAGGCCUCCUCUACGGAGGGCCAGGAACCCCCUCCUCCUACCCCACCCCUAGCGGCCAAAGGUGUGACGUAUCCUGCCCACAUCACUAGCAAAGGGCAGAAAAGCCUUCCAGGAAAUGGCGAGCGAGUCGGUGAAGCAGUAACAGAGGCGGCUGCCAACGAACAACAGGUCCGAGAUACGGUGUGGGAAUACGGCCUAGAGGCACCACAUGCAAACGUUGUAAUGGUGGGGAACAAUGCACACACCGCUUCAAUUUCACGAAGGAAGGGGACGGACUUCCAACAAGCCUGUUCCGGACACCGAUGCUUUCCGAAAGCAACAGCAACAGCCACAGCAAGACCAGGACUUAAGCAGCCACCGAAGAAGGCGAGGCACUUCCUCGUCGGCUAA